AUGAAAUCACCUAUAAGAAAGGAAAAGAAACAUCAAACUCAUAAUCCUACUUCUUAAUAAGAGUAAUUCCAGUAGAAAUUACUAUACCCAGGAUAGAUUAUAGCAGGAAGAUUCAAGUUGAUUGAGAAAGUAGGACAAGGUAGUUUUGGAUCGAUUUUUAAGACUGAAAAUAUAGAGACAGGGGAAAUCUGUGCAUCUAAAUUUGAAAAGCGAGAAUCGCAGAAAAAUAGUAUGAGUUUGUUGGUGAGGGAAAUAAAGAUUUUGUUGGAACUGAAAGGGAUCGCAGGGUUUCCAUAGAUUCUGCAUUACGGAAGGGAUGAGAAUUACAAUUUCUUCAUGAUUACAUACUUGGGUUAGAAUUUGGAGAACUUGAUAAGAAAAACCAAGAAGUUCUCAUAAAUAAAUUGUCUGAGGAUAGGAUUACAAUUAUUGGAGAGAUUGGAGCAAUUGCAUUUGAAGAAUUUGAUUCAUAGAGAUUUGAAACCGGAGAAUAUAGUGAUAGGAUGGUAAGACAUUGAUGUGGUGUAUCUGAUUGAUUUUGGAUUGUCGAAAUAUUACAAAGAUAAUCAUGGAAAUCAUAUUCCUAUGAUUGAGAAGAAGGGUAUAAUAGGGACUGCCAGAUAUGCGAGUAUUGGAGCACAUUUAGGUAGAGAGUAAUCGAGAAGAGACGACUUGGAAUCCUUGGCAUAUGUACUCAUUUAUCUGAAUAAAGGGAAAUUACCAUGGAUGAACUUGCCUAUCCAAGAUAAAUCAAUAAAAUAUAGCAAAAUACUUGAAUAAAAACAAUCUAUUUCUCAUGAGAAGUUGUGUGAUAAUCUACCUAAAUGCUAUUAUUUAUUAUUACAACAUGCUAAAUCUAGGGAAUAUACUGAAUAACCUAAUUAUGCAUACAUAAAAGAGUAAUUUUCAAAAGCAUUAGGUGAUUUAGAGUACAUGGACAACAUCUCUUUUGAUUGGGAGAAGUUACCUGAAAUGAAAUCUAAGAAAUCAAGAAGAUCUAAUUCACAAAAAAGAACAACCGACAAAAAACCAAGGAUUUCUAUUACCAAAGAACAUUCAAUUGUUCACGAAUCUAAAUAAUAAUAACUGCCACCCUUACAAUUAGUCUAACAGACUCAACAGAAAAGUCAGGUUUCCUUUCUUAAUGUGCCUGAUCUAGACAGUUAAUCUCCAGAUAAGCAAUCAGGACUCGAAAGAAAAAGCAGAGGGUACUUAAGCAGAGGGAGUGCAGGAACUACUAGAUUGAUGAAUUAUGAUCUUAGUUAGAUUGAGGAGGAUGAAAAUGAUGGAGACAAUCAGAACCAUACUCCUUUUCUGAAUGUGAAGAAACAGAGAAAGGAUCUCAAAAGCCUUUCAGUCAUGUCUCAAAAUCAAGUAUUGAAAUUCACUACAUUUUGCAAACAAGCUGGCAAAACUAUGAAAGAAUAACAGAUUGAGGAAGUCAAUCAAUUUUAUGGGUCUUUUGAUAAUCUAGAUCUAAUUGCAAAUGAUGAAAUCCAUAUCUAGAUUCACAACAUUGGAGCAUUUUCAUUUAAAAAACAUUGA